ACGAACAUCAUGAGCAAAGUCUCCUGAAAAGGCAGAAACCCUGGUCACGUCAGGAUCUGAGGAGGAUGAAGCACUGAACUGGGAGCUCCAGCAAGGAGGGACAACCCUGGUGCUGUGGCAAGAGAGAUCCACGGGCUGGGAGGGUGAGGAGGCUUUUGCUCCUUCCAGAGCAUGUCAGGGGGUGUCAGUGGGACACUGUCACCCCAGCACAGAGCCAACACCUGGAUCCAGCCCCUGGCAGGGAACAGGCUGUCCCACAGGCUGGGAUUCCAUUUCAAACCAGACCAACGAGGCUUUGAGGCUCCAGGAAGCAGCAGUCAAAAAUUCCUCUCAACCAGCUGCUGGGGACUUGGGAAUUUCUCUUGAAAAAAAGAAAUAAGGUAAGACAAAAACUUGCAGCCCCAAGAGGAGGAUACAGAACCUCCCACAAGGACCAGAUGAGCUGCAAAGAGCUGUCACAGGAGAAUCCACGGUGGGACGUGUGUUAAUCCUCGUUAAGAAGUGAGCCUGACAUGGGAGUUACUGGCUGGAAAUCACCUUCAACCUUUUUUUGUUUGAACAGUGAAUACAGAGUGAGCACGGCCCUGUUCUGUCAGAUACCAGGACAGCUUUAAUGUGCACAAAGCAGCUGAAAGGAGACAACAAGAAAGAUGGAGAUGGAUUUUUACAAGGGCCUGAAGUGACAGGAGAACAGAGAAUGGUUUCAAACUGACACAGAUUAAAUUGGAUAUUAGGAGGAUCUUCCCUGUGAGGGUGUGAAGGCCCUGGCACAGGGCCAGAGAAGCUGUGGCUGCCCCUGGAUCCCUGGAAGUGUCCCAGGACAGGCUGGAUGGGGCUUGGAGCAGCCUGGGACAGUGGAAGGUGUCCCUGCCCGUGGGUGACUGGAUGAGCUUUAAUUUCCCUUCCAAUCCAAACAGUUCUGUGAUUCUAGGAAUAUUUACUUCCUCAGAGCCAAAGUAACAAAUCCCAUGUCCAUGAAAGGCAAUAUAUUCCACCCCCUGGAACAAAUAUGAGAGGAACACGAUCGUCCCAACUCUUCCCAUUCCUCAGAGUCACAAGACCAUAUGAAUACAAAGACCAAAAUGAAAGUGAGGAAGAAAGAAUUUUUUCACUCUGAUUCCUCAAAAGACUCAGGUUCAUCAACAAACAAUUUGCGUUUGGCUCAGCCCUGGAAUCCAAGGUCAGGAAAACACUCCUUCCUGUGGAUCACAUCCCAGCCAAGCAGUGAAGCUGAGCCUGAGCUCACAGAUGGGAUCCAAAGGCCAGACACUGAUUUUCACACCACUGCACCAGCACCACGUCCCAGAGGCUGUUCCAGGCCAACUCCCUGCAUAAAUGACCCCAAUUUUCAGAGGUUAAUCCCAGAGAGGAGAAACCCAGCGAACACAGACCAAGUCCUCAGUGACCUUAACAGGAAUCCCCUGCUUUGAGCCACGAAGCUUUGCCUUAGGAACUCACUUUUAAGCGCCUUAAAAACAGACCCAGAGAGACCCAGCGGACAAUCAGGGCACCACGCAGCACGGCCAAGAGAGCUCCAGCGAUGGAUUAUUUUUAAUAAGACCUCGGAAUAGGCAUUCCCAGCUGUUGUGCAUCGUGAGAGGCAGCAAACCCACUCCAAACGCCGCUGCCUGGCGAGGUGAGGGAGGGGAGGCUGUGCCUGGCUGCGAGGGCGGUGGGAGAGCCCUCCCCGAGUGUUCCCCCUCUCCUGCGUGGUGCAGAACUAUUCCUGGGGGAAGGUGGGCCUGGAAAGCGAGGUGGCCAAGCUGGUGGCCAGUGGUGACCCCCAGGUCCAGAUCCAGCCUGACCAGCCCUACGCUGAGCUGUGGAUGGGCACACACCCCCGGGGCGAUGCCCUCAUCCGGGAUAACCGCAUCCCACAAAAGACCCUGGGCCAGUGGAUCGCCGACAACCCCGCCUGCCUGGGGGCCAAGGUGAAGGACGCCUUCCAGGGACACCUGCCCUUCCUGUUCAAGGUGCUGUCGGUCAACACCGCCCUGUCUGUCCAGGCGCACCCCAACAAGGAGCUGGCAGCGAAGCUCCAUGCCCAGUUCCCUGAGCACUAUCCCGAUGCCAACCACAAGCCCGAAAUGGCCAUCGCCCUCACCCCCUUCGAGGGCAUGUGUGGCUUCCGGCCGGUGGAGGAGAUUGUCUCCUUUCUCCAGAAUGUCCCCGAGCUUCGGGCACUGAUCGGGGAGGUGGCAGCGGAGCAGCUGGAGCGCAGUGGGAGUGACGACCCCCGUGGGGUCUCAGCCGCCCUCCGCGUGUGCUUCACCCGCCUCAUGAAGAGCGAGAAGAAGUUCUUCGUGGACCAGCUGAACAUGCUGGUGAAGAGGAUCUCCCAGGAAGCAGCGGAAGGGAAGGACACAUCGGGGAGCAGCGGGGACCUGCUGCUGCGGCUGCACUCCCAGUACCCAGGGGACAUUGGCUGCUUCACCAUUUAUUUCCUGAACGUGGUGAGGCUGGAGCCGGGGGAGGCCAUGUUCCUGGGAGCCAAUGAGCCCCACGCCUACCUGCACGGAGACUGCGUAGAGAUCAUGGCGUGCUCGGAUAACACAGUGCGCGCCGGGCUCACCCCCAAGUUCAUUGAUGUGCUCACCUUGUGUGAGAUGCUCAACUACACACCAGCACCCAGCAGCUCCAAGAUCUUCCCAGCGGCGCAGAGCCAGCUCGAUCCCCAUGUCUACCUCUAUGACCCACCUGUGCCAGACUUCAGCAUCCUGAGGAUAGAGAUCCCUGCCUCCAUCAAGCUGUACCUCGUCUCUGCCAUGGACUCUGCCAGCAUCUUGCUGGUGAUCCAAGGGACGGCCGUGGGCACCUCCACAGCCGCAGCCUCCGAAAUGUCCCUGCACCGUGGCUCCGUGCUCUUCAUCUCGGCCAACGAGAGCAUCUCCCUCCACCUCUCCUCGCCCGACGGGAUGCUGCUCUUCCGAGCCUGCUGCCUCCUCUGAGCAGGACCUGGGACACUUCCUCCACAGCACUCCAUGUUUGAGUAGAUAGAAACUGGUGUGGGCAAAGUCUUCUCGCUUGAAAGUUUUCCCUCCACCUAUUAAAUCCCAAAACUAACCCUGA